CCCCUCCAGAGCCUAUUUCCUCCCCAAUCCGUCUCAUCGGGGUUGGAUUAGCCGGGUCUGGAAAGAUGGCCUCCUCGGAACAGGCAGAGCAACCUGGGCAGCAGACUGGCUCUCCUCCGGGGAAUGAGAAUGGAGCAUCCCGCGAAGCGUUGAUCGCAACGGCCGUGAAGUUUCUACAGAACAGCCGGGUCCGCCAGAGUCCGCUCGCAACGAGAAGAUCAUUCCUCAAGAAGAAAGGGCUGACGGAUGAAGAAAUAGACCUGGCCUUCCAGCAGUCAGGGACGGGCAAAGAGGAGCCGCUCAGCCUUUCUGCACAACCAUUGUUGACCCAGCCACAGCACAUUGCGCCGCACAGUCCCCCAAGUUCCCGAUGGCGGGAUUAUGGCGCUCUAGCGAUCAUCAUGGCUGGCAUCGCUUUUGGCUUCCAUCAGCUCUACAAGAAAUACCUGCUCCCUCUGAUCAUGGGCGGCAAAGAAGACAGGAAGCAGCUCCAGAGGAUCGAGACGAGCGUCUCCGAGAUGAGUGGCAGCGUGACGCAGACAGUCACUCAGCUCCAGACGACCCUCGCUUCCGUCCAGGAGCUUCUCCUUCAGCAGCAGCAGAAGAUCCAGGAGCUCACUCAAGAACUGGCGGCCUCAAAGGCGACAACAUCCACCAACUGGAUCCUGGAGUCUCAAAAUAUCAACGAAUUGAAGUCUGAGAUCUAUUCACUCAAGGGACUCCUUCUGAACAGGAGGCAGUUCCCUCCCUCGCCGUCGGCACCCAAAAUCCCCUCCUGGCAGAUCCCGGUCAAGCCCUCCUCGCCUUCCAAUCCAGUUUCCAACAACCACAACAACACCAGCAGUGACAUCUCCCCGGUCAGCAACGAGUCCAACUCCUCCUCCCCCGUGAAAGAGAACCACAGCCCCGAGGGGCCGAAAGUGAGCUGCCACUUGCUGGGCCCCGCGGAGGAAGGCGAGGAGGCAGUGAUCGACCUGAAGGGCCAGGUGCGGAUGGAGGUCCAAGGGGAGGAGGAGAAGAGGGAGGACGACGGGAAGGAGGAAGAGGAGGAAGAGGAAGAGGAGGACGACGUCAGUCAUGUGGACGAAGAGGAGUGCUUGGACGUCCAGACAGAGGACCGGCGAGGAGGAGACGGGCAGAUCAACGAGCAAGUCGAGAAGCUACGGAGGCCCGAGGGAGCCAGUAACGAGAACGAGAUUGACUAGCACAACGGGGAGUGUGGCUCCCGUCUCACCCCACAUCUCUCCCCCGUUCCCCAAUCUUUGGGCCCCAGUAAUGCUCUCCUCUCACCUCUCUGAUUCACCUAGUGAACCAAGCGGCCUCCUCGGCAUCCUCGACCCGAGUGGCUGCUCCUCACUGUGGCUCCACUUCAUCCUCCUCCAUCACAUCAGCUUCGUCCAUAGUCGUCCUGGCUAAUGACGCACAGCCAAAUACUAAUUCAUGGAUCGAACGUGGCUCCUGCCUUACGAAUGGUUCCCCUCAAGCCAAGAAUGGGAUGGUCCUCCUUCCUUUCGGUUUCCCUGGAGGAUCCUUUUGUUCUGCCCUCUCAGAUCAUCUCCUCAAAUCCAACCUAUGCUGAGUAAAUACUCUCAGCCUUUAUGAAACACGUUUCCCGACCGUUCUUCCUUUCUGGACAAAAUCACUUCCUUCUCCUCAUUCUUUUGCCCCCUCAUUUCCACUUUGCUUCCUUCCAUGCGCCUUUGUGGACAUCUUGAUUCGCUGGAGUCCAGAGCAGUCAGGAGUUGGAAGGAGCCAUUGGAAGCAGCCCUGAGUCUCAAAUGUUUCUCCACCUUCUCGUUGCUUAGACUUGGAAUGGCAGCUUUCAUCUAUUUUUCUCGUUCCCUCCAUUUCUUCUAGUGCUUCCCAUAUGUCAAAAUUGAUGUUCUUAAUAAGAGGAGGAGAGACAGAGUGGAAGUGGCUUGAAUUUGUCUGUGGCUGCCAGUUAUGGUUGAAAUUACAGUAAAGUCUCGCUAAUCCGACCUUCUCUUAUCCAACAUUCUCUCUGAUACAAAAUCGCAUUGGAUAGGCCACAUCAGCUCUAGUUUCUGAUACAGUAGUUACCAUCUGCUUGCCCACUGAAAACCAUAUUUAAUAAUCUAGAGCUGAUGUGGUACAGUAGAGUCUCACUUAUCCGACCUUUGCUUAUCYGACAUUUCCUCUUAUCCGAUGCCCUGAUCCAAAAUYGCAUUGGAUAGACCACAUCAGCUCUAGUUUCUAAUACAGUAGUCUCCAUCCGCUUGCCCACUGAAAAACAUAUUUAAUAAUCUAGAGCUGAUGUGGUACAAUAGAGUCUCGCUUAUCUGACCUUUGCUUAUCCGACUUCCACCUUAUCCGAUGCACCUGUUUUCCUCCUUUCAAUUAAAGGAGCGCUUCCAAACUCUCUUUCCAUUUCCAAUCAGUGAAAAGGCAAGACAAGGAGGAGGAGUUGUGAGGAGAGGGGGAAAGAGGCAAGAAGUGGAAGUGUCCUCCCUCCUUUCCUCUGUGAUUUCAACGCUCCUCUUCCUCAUGCAAGCAUUUCCUGCUGGGCCUCUCUAGCCCCGGGGCGUUGCCUUGCCUUAACUCUUUUAGUCCCUGUUGUUAGUAUUCUAGAAGUCUAGCGUCACGUCGGACGGGUAACAGUGGGAGACUCCGUAUUAUCCAACAUUUUCGUUUAUCUGACGUUCUGCCAGCCCAUUUAUGUCAGAUAAGCGAGUCUCUACUGUCUUUUGGAAAGCUCUCUCCUUCCUGUUUAGGGUGCUAGAAGGUCAAUGGCUAUUGAUCUUUGAAUUCCGAGUUUUUAGGUGCGUCCAAUGAAAAGAGAACUUCACAUAUCAGCUCGUCCCAGUCUAAGGGUCAAACAAAACUACAUAGUUGUGGUCCCUUCCUCACAACACAACAACGUCAUCCCCUCUUCUUCGCCUGCGUCCUCACUCCGGCUUCCGUUUCCCCCUCACUUUUGCCUUAUUGGGUGAAGAAAACGGUAACGAAACCACCGGUUCCUGUUUCGCGGCAUUGUGUCGUCGGCAAAAUGUCUGAUUCCCGUUCACGUCCUUAACGGGAACAAAGAAACCGAGCCUCGAAUCCUGUAACAUCUUGAGUCUCUCACUGCUCCUUAAUCCUCGCGACGAGGAAAACUGAAAUGUGCUUGUCUGUGUGAUCAUGUAUAGAAUCCAACUAUAAAAUAUGAUUGUAUAUAAUUGUAAUAAAUAUGAGUUACCACUA